AUGGGAGGGAUAACGGAUUUGUUCCAUUCCGAUUCUGUUGUUUUUCUUGUCUUGGUAGAAAAUAAUCUAGGGCAAAUCUACGAACCACAAGGCGUUUUAGGAUUUGAUCACAUAAUGCCCGAAUGUACUGCAGAAGUAGACAGAAACGAUGAAAGAGGCAAAGUCUAUAUAUCUACGGAAUUAUCUUCCAACGCUGCUACGGAGUGUAAUUACCAACAGUGA